CAUAUAAACGAGGACAGCACUCGAGAAAAUCAUCAGUUCACUCUCAGCUUCCACAGUGAGAACAUCUCUACCAGUUUCUAAGUUCAGUGUGAUCCUCCGUUCACAUAUCAUCAUCCACCUAAUAGCAUCAUGUCCUUCAACAACAAAAUGAUGAUUGCCUCUACUUUGGCCGCUGUGUUCUUCCUUCUCUUGAUCCUGGAUCAGCCCAACAGUGUGGAGGCCGGUCACGGGCACGGCCACAAGGCCCACGGCACGGCUUGUCUCGUCAAAGGCUCGUAUUGCUCGUGCCAUUAUUGCAAGUGCGAACACGGUCACAUCCAUUGCGGAGGCUACGGCAAGAAAGGCUACGGCAAGAAGUAUUGCUACGGCUCCAUGGAAGGCGAAUACUGCCACUGUGACUACUGCAAGUGCAAGCACGGUUACGGCUCGACUGGCUACGGCAAGUGCCAUUAAGUGGACAGACGAACCUUGAGCAGGACUCAAUUGCCUUCCAUGCUCGCCAUCUGACGUCUCCUGCGCUUCCCCGUAGAGGAUCUUAAUCACGCUGUCCAACUUCCAAGUGAAGGGCAUGACGACACGAAUCUCAUGUUGUGCGUGUAUACUAUCUGUGUGUGUGUGUGUGUGUGUAUAUAUACCUUAGUUGAGGGAGGGUGAACUGUUACUUUUUGGUAUCAGUACCGUGUACUGGCCAUGAAGAUGAGGAAAAAACGAACUGCUUCGAUUACUACCAUAUGUAUUAAACCCCGCCGAUCAUUGGAUGGUCGGCGUUGUGGACAACUAAUUGUGAUAUUGCUAUGAACUUGUUAUGGAAAAUCUAGUCAUCGUUACCCCUUUGAACUUGUUGUUCUGCGUGUCUUAUUUUCUUGAAGUGUGUGGGGACAAAAAUAUCCUUA